AUGGAGAAAGUAUGGUUCACCCUCCGCCAAACCGACUACCCCGCCCCUCCCGAAGAAGCCCUACUCUCCGGCCACCAUGCCCGGAGUGACUUCACCACGUCCGACUCCGGCAAUGCACCCUCCAUAACCCUAGGCCACAUCCUCCCCUCCCUCCGCCACCUCGACAAUCCCCUCAACGGCCACAACCUCCUCCCUUUUCCCAUCCGCAUGCAUGUCUACCACACUACCACCGCCAACUUCGUCUGGCAUUCGACCGACCAGGCCGAUAGAUCUACUGCGCUGAAGUUGGGGGCGCCGAUCGCCAGUGCUGUAACUGGGGGCGCUACCCCGGGGAUGAAGUACAAUCUUGCAUUUAAGCAGACCGUGGAGAAGUACGAGGAGUACGAACGCCUCGAUACGUAUAUUGUGACUCCGACGAGAGGGGACGUUACCGGACUCGCGACCGUGACUGCCACGAUCGAGCUUGCGCGCCGAGACACCAGCAGGAGCGAAGGAACGCAUCAGUCGGAUUUUGUGUGAGCGGUGCGGUUGGCGAAGAUACAUAAGGGGUGGCUUGCGAGAAACUGGUCGCUGGAUCCGUACACCAAGGGAGCUUCGUGUGGAGUCGAGAAGGAAGAGGGAGAAGGGGAGGAUCUUGAUGUUGAGAAGGUGCUUACAGGAGAGGGACUGAGCCACUUCGAGAUUGUCACGGAUGGUGAGGCUGGU